GAACUUGUUAUAAACGCACGUGUCAUCGAAAAAUUCGGCUCAGACUUUGAUAUCGUGCUCCCAGAUGAAUUCCACAUCAAAGUCGAAAAGCUUAAUAAGCUUUUCACGUCUGAAUCACAAAUGGACAGCGCUAUUGAAAAGUACCUGGACACUCUGAAUGGAAAGCGAAAAAGAGCUCCUCUUACUGUGGAGCGCAGAGUUUUCGAAGGAGAUUCUGUUGUGGUGCACACCACCGCCAUACCCGGAGACGAUGACUCCGUCGAUGGACUAGAUGAGGAAGUCCUCACGCGACCGCGAAAGCCUAUAACGACCAACAGCCGUCAAAUAUUUGGUCGACAUAAUAAGCCGAAGCGGAGUAUGGUACAGCCAAUCUACCGGCAAGCUCCACCUACCAAUUCUGAUUAUGUGAAGGUGAUCAAUAAUUCACAUUGGAAGUGCAAAAUUUGUGAUGCUGAUCUGUAUGGAGCUUUGCGAUGGUCAUCAUUUGUUGCAGGCGCUAUUCGGCAUUUCAAGUUGAAGCACCCUCAAGAGUCCGACAGUCUUCAGUUCGAAGUUGUAAGAGCUCGCCUGGAUCGAAUAAGUGAUGGAUGCAUGGAAUUCGUACAUCCGCAGAUGCUCGAGUGUCUUAUCUGCCAUCUCACUUAUCAAUUGCACAAGCCUUACAAUGUUUGUCGAGGAAUUCGCCAUUUGAGAUCAAGACAUCCUGAAAUAAUGCCAGAAUUCAACGGCGAACCGGUAAGGAGCUUUGAAAAUCCACUUUUUGUUGAAAUUUCUGCGGCGGUAUCGAAAGACUGGGACGGCUUACGACUGGAUGACGACCCCAACAUUCCCAGACGGCGAGCAUGCGCAGUGUUCCUUGACUCAGGUGAACCAAUGUUUGUGCUCAUGAAUGGUGACGGUGAGCAGGAAGAAUUGGAUAAGGAAGGACUAAAACUAAUUACGGAGAAUGCUGCUUCGGCUUCACAGACCAAAGAUACUGAGCAGAACGAGGUUUGCCAUUCGUUUGUUAUCACAAUCAGGGACAAGAAUUGGGUUUUCAUGAUGGAAGUUCUACCAAAAUUGAUGGUUGUUUCUGUAUAA